AUGGCGGCGAAAGAAGAGGAUGUGAAGCUUAUUGGGUCUUGGGCAAGCCCUUUCAGUCGUCGGGUUGAGAUGGCUCUCAAACUCAAAGGUGUGCCUUACGAUUACGUCGACGAAGAUUAUUUGGUCGCCAAGAGCCCUUUGCUUCUCCAACUAAACCCAAUUUACAAGAAAGUCCCUGUUUUUGUCCACAAAGGUAACAUAUUACCCGAGUCACAUCUGAUCCUCGAAUACAUCGACCAAACGUGGACAAACAACCCAAUUCUACCUCGAGAUCCAUAUGACAAAGCCAUGGCUCGAUUCUGGGCCAAGUUCGUCGAUGAACAGGCAAGGUUCAGGUCUCUAGUAAAAGCAGGGAACAGAACAGAGGCUGCAAUCGAGGAGACUCGAGAACUUAUUACAUUCCUUGAAAAGGAAAUCAUGGGAAAAAAAUUCUUCGCCCGAGAAACAAUAGGAUUUUUGGACAUGGUUGUAGGAAGUAUGAUCCCAUUUUGUCUAGUUCGGGGUUGGGAAAGUAUGGGAAUUGAUAUGAUUCCAGAGAAGAAGUUUCCAGAACUAAACAAAUGGAUCAAGAAUCUGAAAGAACUUGAGAUCGUGAGGGAAUGUAUUCCUCAUAGAGAGAAACAUAUUGAGCACAUGAAAAAAAUUGUAGAGCGAAUGAAAUCGGCUUAA